UAUUUUACAUUUUGCAGUCUUUCUCACAUAUCUUUUUCCUCUUUUUUUCAUUCCUUUCUUUCUUUGACUUUUUCAUUCAUGUUCACAUGGGUUUAUUCCCAUCAGGAUUAACCAGCUGGCUCCUAAAUCGUCAUCAAUAUUCCCUACCAUUUUUUGGAGCUUUAUAAAUAGGCUCGUGUCUUAGUGUACUAACUGGAACAUAAUUUCUUAAUUCACCUGUCUUAGUUGCUACUACUGUUAAGUGUUACUAAACCCUAAAGCAUAUAUUACUACGUCUUUCUCUCCUCCAAACGCAUAUUCGCAAGAGCCAAGAACUAGUUAAAAGUUCAUAUUUUGAUAUCCUACUGUUUUAAAACACGGAGAAAAAAUGGAUGGUAAUGCUGGAGAAGUAGCUAAUCCAGUGUGUGCUCUAACUGUUCUGGCAGAGGUUACACGGCGCUGUGGCAAUCACCAUCCUACUGUUUGGGGAGACCAUUUUCUUGCAUAUGCUCAUCUCUCGGGAGCUAAUGAAUGGGAAAAGAAACAGCAUGAACACCUAAAAGAAGAAGUGAGAAAAAUGCUAGAGAUGUCUCCUUCGAAAUCUUUGCAAAAUCUUGACCUGAUCAACGCAAUCCAAUGUCUUGGAGUAGCGUACCAUUUUGAAUAUGAGAUUGAGGAGUCACUGGCCUGUAUCUACAGCUGUUAUGACCAAUUGAAUGCUGAAGCUGAUGAAACUGACCUCCAUCUUGUUGCUCUACGGUUUCGAUUACUUAGGCAACACGGUUAUUAUGUCUCAUCUGAUGUUUUUUGGAAGUUCACUGACGACAAAGGAAAUUACAAGAAAGCAUUGGUUAGCGACGUGCAAGGAUUGUUGAGCCUGUAUGAGGCAACACAAUUCAGAGUACACAAUGAAGAAAUACUGGACGAAGCAGUUAAUUUCACCAUCACUCAUUUGAAGCUAUUGUUGCCUACAUUGAGCAAUUCUCUCGCGAUGAAAAUCAGCAAUGCACUAAAAUAUCCAAUCAACUAUACUAUGGUGACAGUAGCAACGAGGAAAUACAUAUCGUUUUACCAAGAAGAUAAAGCAGAAGAUGUGUUGCUAAAUUUCGCAAAAUUGGACUACAACAUAUUGCAGAAGAUGCAUAAAAGUGAGCUAUGUGAUAUCACAAGGUGGUGGAAAGAAUUGGACUUCGCGAAAGCAUUACCUUUUACGAGAGACAGAGUAGUUGAAUUGUACUUCUGGUCUUUGAGUGUGUACUUUAAACCUCAGUAUAAGUUCGGCAGGAACGUACUAACCAAAGUCUUAUGCUUCAUUUCUAUUGCUGAUGACAUUUAUGAUACCUAUGGAACAAUAGACGAACUCACUCUCCUAACAAAUGCAAUAGAAAGGUGGAACAUUGACGACGCUUCAGAACAAUUACCGUCAUAUAUGAAGCUUUAUUACCUAGCUCUUCUAGAUAUUUACAGUGAAAUUGAGAAAGAGUUGGCAAAGGAUAACAAGUCAUUUCAAGUCAACUAUUCCAUCUUUCAGAUGAAAAAGUUGAUAAAGGCAUAUUUUCAAGAGGCCAAAUGGUGUCAUGGGAAUAACGUCCCAACAAUGGAACUGUAUGUGAAGAAUGGAAUUCGAUCUAGCACUAUCCCAUGUCUUGCGACUCUCUCUUGGUUAGGCAUUGGAAAUGAAGCAACGAAGGAGGCACACGACUGGCUUGCAAGUGAACCUCCAAUUCUGGUUGCUUCUUCUAUCAUUGCUAGAUUAUCGAAUGAUAUCGUAUCACAUGAGAGAGAGCAAGAAGGAGGAGAUAUAUCAGGUGUCAAAUGUUAUAUGAAUGAAUAUGGCGUCACAAAAGAAGAAGCAUACAUGGAGAUUAGGAAAAUAAUUGACGGUAGUUGGAAGGAUUUGAAUCUAGAAUGCCUAAAAUCUCCAGUUGUACCUAGGGUUUUGCUCAUGCUAGUGCUCAACCUUGCUAGGAUGUCGAAGUUCUCAUACAAAGAUGAAGAUUCUUAUACUUUCUCCAAAAAUAACUUGAAAGACAUCAUCUCUGAGGUGCUAGUUGAUCUCAUUACAAUAUGAAAACUUGAAAAGAAAAAACAAAAAGAAAAUGGAAUAAAAAUGAAAACACGUAUUGAAAUUCUCUAGAAUGCUUAUAUUGUUAUU